GUUGCAGUACCAAAGCCACAAGGCAGCCUUGCAGAAGACAGAGCUCCACCAUGCCCGGCUCAGUAUUGCUCUGUUGCCUGCUCUUACUGGCUGGAGUGGGUACCAGCAGAGGCGAGCACACCCGGGCUGAGACUAACUGCACCCACUUCCCAGUCAGCCAGACCCACAUGCUUCGAGAGCUGAGAACUGCCUUCAGCCAGGUGAAGACUUUCUUUCAAAAGAAGGACCAGCUGGACAACAUACUACUCACUGACUCCUUACUGCAGGACUUUAAGGGUUACUUGGGUUGCCAAACCUUAUCAGAAAUGAUCCAGUUUUACCUGGUGGAAGUGAUGCCCCAGGCAGAAAGCCAUGGCCCAGAAAUCAAGGAGCAUUUGAACUCCCUGGGAGAGAAGCUGAAGACCCUCAGGAGGCAGCUGCAACGCUGUCAUCGGUUUCUCCCCUGUGAAAAUAAAAGCAAGGCUGUGGAACAGGUGAAGAAUGACUUUAAUAAGCUCCAAGAGAAAGGCGUCUACAAGGCCAUGAAUGAAUUUGACAUCUUCAUCAACUGCAUAGAAGCGUACAUGACCAUCAAAAUGAAAAACUAAAACCCCCAGAGUGUGUGUUGAGUCCACGGACGCCAGGGCUUAAACAGAGCUCUUUAAUUUCACCCAGGGAUCUUAGCUAGCCGAAGUAACUCCUUGGGAAACCUCAUUGUACCUCUCUCCAAAGUAUUUAUUACCUCUGAUACCUCAGCCCCAUUCUAUUUAUUCACUGAGCUUCUCUGUGAACUAUUUAGAAAGAAGCCCAAUAUUAUAACUUCACAAUAUUUAUUAUUUUUACCUAUGUUUAAGCUGUUUCCACAAAAGACAGGUGGUAGUAUUUGAGUGUUCUAAGGUAAAUUAUGUUAUAUAAUGUGGUGG